UUCAGUCAAUUUUUACCAGUUGUGGGAGGAGGUACUCGCCGCUUGCUCCAGUCGUUGUUUUUAACGACAAGUGUCUGAAAUUUUUGUAUAAUGUCUACUCGGACAGGAAAUUUCAAAAAUCCAUUCUCGAGACCAUGGAUGACUGAAACUGGAGCAGCGGCGGCAGCUGGAAGUGGUUCAGUGGGACUAAAAGGAGUUGUUGCUGGCGGCAUUACUGGUGGCAUUGAAAUUUGUAUAACAUUCCCAACUGAAUAUGUGAAAACUCAAUUACAAUUAGACGAAAAAGGUGGCACCAAGAAAUACACGGGUAUAUUCGACUGCGUCAACAAGACGGUGAAGGGGCAUGGCUUCUUCGGUCUCUACAGAGGUCUCAGUGUGUUGCUGUACGGUUCCAUUCCGAAGUCUGCAGUUAGAUUCGGAGUGUUCGAGCAAGCCAAACUGUACAUGAUCAACGAAAAUGGUACUCUGUCAAACUCUGGCAAGCUUAUGUGUGGUCUGGCUGCCGGUGUGGCGGAAGCGGUGUUCGCUGUGACCCCCAUGGAGACGGUUAAGGUGAAGUUCAUCAACGACAUGCGGAUGGAGAAGCCGAGGUUCAAGGGCUUCUUCCAUGGGGUCAGAACUAUUGUGAGGGAGGAAGGUGUCGGAGGUGUAUACAAAGGUGUGACGGCGACCAUCAUGAAGCAAGGCAGUAACCAAGCCAUACGGUUUUUCGUCAUGGAGUCGCUGAGAGACUGGUACAAGGGCGGCGAUAGGGAUAAACACGUGCCGAAAUACAUUGUGGGAUUGUUCGGUGGUAUUGCGGGAGCCGCAUCAGUCUUCGGUAACACGCCAAUCGACGUGGUCAAGACCCGCAUGCAAGGUCUGGAAGCCGCGAAAUACAAGAAUACAUGGGAUUGCUUCAUCAAAACGUGGAAACACGAGGGUCCCCUCGCCUUCUACAAAGGCACUGUACCUCGACUGAGCAGAGUUGUGUUCGACGUCGCAAUCACAUUCACCAUAUAUGACAGCAUCAUGGAUGUCUUUAACUACAUGUGGAAGUAACCACAGACUAUAGCAGACCAUAGAGUAAGACUUGCUUUUUUAAAAUGACGUUUCAUGUCGAAGGACCUAGUUACCUUAUGGUAAGAUUCGUUUUGUAAAUAGAAUUUUUUCUUAUAAAUUUGGUGUUACGCUAUUUCGUAGGAAAUGCAAUUUUAUUGUAAAACAAUAAUGAAAAUGUUGCGAAGUAGAAUGUCGCGUUUUUUACUAAAAGUAAUAUUUGUAUUGCGGUAUUUAGAUGUUAGGUGACAUAUUGAAAUGAAACUGUAUUUAUUAUUAUUAUUAAAACAGUUUUCAGCCACACUUGGUACAAAUAAGCGGAACUAGAUUAAGCCUAAUAUAUUUUUGUAUUAUAAACACGUGAUGGCGGUUUUACAGUGGCCGUAAGUGAAGAAACAAUCUAAAAACUUUUGCUAUGAUACAUUUUAUUUUAAUUUAUUCUUGCAAAGUACUGUCUUUCAAUAAUACAUUGUUUUACAUUUAUAAACAAUUAUGAUCAAAAGUGAGGUAUCCAUGUUACGCUGAGAUAACAUUUUUAUUGUCUGUGCCUCUAUUUUGCGGUACAGCCUACACUUUGUACUGCAGUCGUUCCUUUUUUAUAUUUAAUAUAUUAUAUACAUACUUUUGUAUUCGGGUUAUUAGCCGCAGGGUUCUUCAAAUAAUUGCAUUUCUUUUCUAUGCUUUUUCUAUGUUUUCAUCGAUAGUUAUUAUUUUAUUGUUUAAACAGAAAUAUUGUAAUGUCGGCUGUGUUUUGACGAGGUUUUAUAGAUUUUAUUUAUCAGUUUAUGUUAUUCAUAUUUUGACUUGUUUCUUUAAGAAUCUCUUUCAGUGCUCCUCGGGAGUUUUCAUUUCUUGACGAAUUUAUUUUGUAUUUGAUUUUAUACUGUGUAAAGGAAAUAUUAUUUCUUGUCUGCCUGUCUUCUAUGCAUUUUGAUAAUCAAUAUAUUUUAAGAUCUCUUAAAUCAAAAGUGAAGGAGCAUAUUCGAUAAGGUCAUGAAAUUCGUGUUUUAUGAGUCCCUUUACAUACGUUUUGAGAGAUCUUAAAUAGACAUUCCGUUUUUAUAAAGUUUAUUUAUUUAUUUUUCUAAUUUCUUUUUCGCAUUUGAUGUUAAAUGUUACAAUUAUUUAUUAUUUGUUUUGAUUUUA